UUGAGUUAUAAAGCUAUACAAACGGCACUUUCCAAGGUCUCCGAAUCAGGAGUCAUACAAGGAGCUUUGAGAGGAAAACACGGCCAUCAACCAACUAUUGAUCCACAAAUCAAACAGAGCGUUAUUGAUUUUAUAAAUUCUAUUCCAAAGAUUGAGUCUCACUACUCGAGAGCUCAAACGAAAAGACAGUAUAUUUCAAGUGAGAAAUCAUUGGCGGAUAUCUACAGAGAUUACAAACAACUUCGUGAAAAGGAUGGUUUAGCUAUUGCCACGUCUUCCACAUUCAACAGGAUACUCAACACUGAAUUCAACACUUCUUUUUUCAUAACAAAAAAAGAUCAAUGCGAUCUGUGCGAAAGGUAUAAGAAUUCAGACUCAGAAGAAAAACGCAACUUAAGCCAAGAGUAUGAACAGCAUCAGAAUGAAAAAGUUUUGGCAAGAACUGAGAAAGAUAAUGAUAAAAGUAGGGCCGAUGGUACUAUCGUAGCAGUUUACGACUUACAGGCAGUUUUGCAGAUUCCAAAGGGACAAAUAUCACUAUUUUUUUAUAAAUCCAGGAUCAACUGUCUCAAUUUUACCAUCAGGAAUUUAAGGGCAAAAGAAGCUAUGUGCUACUUUUGGGAUGAAACCGAAGGAAAGAGAGGACCUAUUGAAAUUGGCAGCUGCAUACUUGACUACGUUAAAGCUCAGGUAGACCAAAAUCCUAAUAAAGAAAUUGAAAUAAUUUUCUACUCGGACAAUUGUGGCGGUCCACAAAAAAAUAAGUUUCUGUUGUCUGCCUAUGCCUACGCUGUCAACAAGUUAAAAGUCAAGUCUAUUACUCACAAAUUGAAGGUGACAACGUCCAUAGUGUCAUUGAGAAACAAAUUAAUAGAUACUUGCAGUCGGGUCCAAUCUAUAUACCAGAGCAAUAUAAAACGUUGA